AUGACUCUGGCCUCAGAAGAGGCAAGACGCAAACCUUUCAUAGUCUCACUGGGCGACCCCAAGCAUGUCGGCGAGGACUUUCUCCAAGACUUCACGCGAGACUUUGACUUUGAAGUCCUCCCAGCGACGAACCGCAAGGAAACACAAGACCUACUCCCGCGGCUCAUAGCGAAGGGGCGACCUAUCGAUGGCUUCAUCAUCCGCAUGGGCACCAUCCCGUACGAGCCGUUCGACGAAGACCUCCUCGGCGCCCUGCUCCCCAGCUGCAAGAUCAUCGCCUCCGCCUCUGCGGGAUACAACGAAUUCGACGUCGACUGGAUGACGCGCAACAAUGUCUGGUGA